AUGUCACGGAGGACGCUGGGAGGAGGGCGUGUACUGGGUACUCCGAAUACUCUCGCAGCAGCAGCAGCAGCAGCUCCUGCCCCGUCGAAGCAACGAGUGCUAUCGCCGACCGCCAGCAGCGUCUCCCUCAGUUCGCAAACCUCUGCAUCUCAGUUCUCUUCCGAGGCACAGGAUCUGACCUCGCGCAUCUCUCUGGAAAAUGGCGACACCUCCAUCUCAGCGGCACCGGCUGCGCCGGGAGCUCAACUCUCCUGUCCGAUUUGCAGCGAGGAAAUGGUGACUCUACUUCAGCUUAAUAGGCACCUCGACGAUAUCCACCAGAAUCUAGAAGACGAUCGGCAAGAUGAAGUCAAGGACUGGUUCAAAGUGCAGAUGGAGAAGGCGAGACGGUUUCAGCCUCUUGCCGUCCUAAACCAAAAACUCAAAGGCUUGGAUGUGUUUGAAUCCAACGAGAAUCAGCAGUCCGUCGCUGUUUCAAGCCGCCCCCUCGUGCCCCAGCCAACCUCGCCCGAACCACCGACAUUACUUGACCCUGCCGACCUUAUUACGAAGGAACACUGGCAAGUCGGCGCCAUUUACGACGUCUGCCUGGAGCCAUCAUGUGGGAAACGGCUGAACGGUACCAACGGGUGCGUGAACUGUCGACAGUGCGGGAAGCUCUUUUGCGAGGAGCAUACAAUGUACCAAAUGAAGCUAUCGCGGUCGGCACAGUAUGAGCCUGUGAGGGGCAGCUGGGCCAGAGUGUGCGAGACCUGCUACAAAUCGCGGGAGGGAUACAAUGAUCAUAACGGAGCGACACGAGACCAGACAAAUGCGUUCAAGUCUAUGCGGAAGCAGAUCGUUGACAAGGAUUUUCUGGAAGUUUCUCGCCUGGAGAAACGGCUCACACGGCUAACCCAGGGAUUGGCCAACCUACCCCCAGAGCAAAUUCAGCCUGGGGCAACCAAGCUCUGGUCCAUGUCGUGGCAGAACGAUCAACGAAAAGCUCUGGAGCAGACGAUUGUCAGCUGGCAGGAUGAUGCGAGCGUCUCACGCUGUCCAUUUUGUCAACAGGAGUUCUCAAGCUAUUCAUUCCGGAGGCAUCACUGCAGGACCUGCGGGCGGGUUGUUUGUGGGGAUCCCAACACAAAGUGUUCCAGCGUGGUUGGGCUUAGUGUUGCUGCUGUUACGGGAAAACCCUCCACGGAAAAAUCCAAUCCUAGUCUGGUCGACACAGAUGUCCGACUCUGCAAAGAUUGCAAGGCAACCUUGUUCGAUCGACGAGACUUCGAGGCGGACAUCGCGCGGAAGCCCCCAGAGAUGAGGGCAUACGAGAAUUUGGUCCAGUUUGAGAGAGGCAUCCGUCUACAUCUUCCCAAAUUUCAGAAGCUCCUCACUGCUUUGCAAGACCCAAAACGGCCACCUUCGUCUCAACAAAUCGCAGAUGCUUCCAAGGUCCGUAGGCGGCUCAUGGACUCGUUUAACAAAUACGAUGUGGCCGCACGGCGGAUCCGUGACAUGCCCACCCAAUCACCAACGCAGCAACGGCUGCAGAAGGCCAUCUACCAGAAGGCCACCAACUUCCUUCAUCUUCAUAUGUUGCCCUUGAAAUCCGUGCCGAAAGUUCUCAAGCACGCAUCCACCACUGCAGACCGAAUACCCAGCCGCACAGCUUCUCCUAACACUCCGACCAAUGGCUCACCAGCCCCGUCCCGGCCCCGAGAGUCAGCUCUCGCCUCAAUCAAAUACAACAGCGUUGCCACGAAUGGUAGCAGCAGCAGCGUCGCCAGCGAUACCAGCAGCGCUGUUUCCGCACUGGAAGCAGAAGAGAAGUCUCUUCGAGACCGGCUGAUCGUUCUCGAAGAGCAAAAGUUCUUCGUGUCUGAGAUGAUCGCCGACGCCAACCGGAGGCGCAAGUUCGACGAAGUCAGCAGUCUGGCGGUGAAUGUCGAGGACCUCAGCCGGGAGAUUGACCGUGUCAAUGGGAUGCUGGCCAGUCUUGACUUUGAAGGUGUCUACACCGGCAGCAACCUUUAA